GGCUCCCCUCCUCUCCUCUCCUCUCCCUCCCUCGCGGGACAGCCUGCCUGCUUCUCGACUCCGCACAGGAAGGCUCCCCCACCCACUCAUACACACACACACCCGGGCAGAAAGGCGCGAGCGGGCCCCGGGCGACACUUCGCUUCGCCUCGCGGGCCGGCCGGCGUCGAAAGCGAACGGGAGCUCCCGCAGCCACGCGGCCAGUAUGUCUCAGUGGAAUCAAGUCCAGCAAUUGGAAGUAAAAUACCUGGAACAAAUAGAUCAGAUCUACGAUGACAAAUUUCCCAUGGAAGUACGACACCUGUUAGCACAUUGGAUUGAAGGCCAGGACUGGGAAUCUGCAUAUAACAACGAACCCAUGGCAGCCAUUCUUUUGCAAAACUUACUAAUAAAGCUGGAUGAGCAUUUAGACCGAGUUUCCCAAGAGAAGAAUCUCCUUUUGGUACACAAUCUGAAAAGAAUCAGGAAGGUUCUUCAGGCAAAAUAUCAAAGUAACCCUGUGCACAUAGCAGUGGUUAUUUCAAACUGUUUAAGAGAAGAAAGAAGAGUGUUGGCUUCAGCCAGCAUGCCCGUACAGGGGCCUCUAGAGAAGUCAUUACAGAACAACCUGGGUUCAGAAAGACAAAGAAGCAUUGAGCACAAGGGGUCCGCAAUUAAGAAUAGUGCGCAGAUGACUGAGCAAGAUGUCAAAUAUUUAGAAGAUUUACAAGAGGAGUUUGACUUCAGAUAUAAAACAAUACAAAGCCUAGAGCAGAAUGACAACAGUAGUGACGCCAUGAAACAAGAGAUGCUGAUAUUACAGGAAAUGCUCAAUACGCUAGACUACAGGAGGAAGGAAGUCCUGAGUAAAAUGGCACAAAUAAUAAUGGAAGCUGAAGCCUUGGUGAAUAACAUGCUAACAGAAGAGUUGCUGGACUGGAAGAGGCGGCAGCAGAUUGCCUGUAUUGGUGGACCGCUGCACGGUGGACUUGAUCAGCUACAAAACUGCUUCACGCUGUUGGCCGAGAGUCUGUUUCAAAUAAGAAGGCAAUUGGAGAAGUUGGACGAGCUGUUGUUCAAGCUCACCUACGAAGGAGAUCCCAUUUCACUGCAACGACCUCACUUGCUGGAACGAGUAAACCUUUUGCUCUACAGCCUUUUCCAAAGUUCGUUUAUAGUUGAGAGACAGCCAUGCAUGCCAACACAUCCUCAAAGGCCCUUGGUUCUUAAAACAUUAAUACAAUUCACUGCUAAACUUAGGCUGCUCAUUAAGUUGCCAGAGCUGAAUUAUCAGAUCAGAGUAAAAGCUACCAUUGACAAAAAUGCUUCUGCUAUAAGCAAUCGUAGGUUUGUACUUUGUGGCACUCAUGUGAAGGCAAUGAACAUGGACGAAUCGACAAAUGGAAGUCUGUCUGUUGAAUUUCGACAUCUACAGCCAAAAGAAAUGAAAGCAUGUGCUGGAAGCAAGGGCAAUGAGGGCCCCCACAUGGUCACUGAAGAAUUACACUGCAUCACUUUUGAAACACAGGUCUGUUUAUAUGGCCUGACUAUAGACAUGGAGACCAGUUCUUUGCCAGUUGUGAUGAUUUCUAACGUCAGCCAGCUGCCUAACGCUUGGGCUUCUAUAAUCUGGUAUAACUUGUCAACAAAUGAAUCCCAGAACCUGGCUUUCUUUAACAAGCCACCGUCCAUCUCUUUAAGCCAACUGCUGGAAAUACUGAGCUGGCAGUUUUCAUCAUACGUUGGCCGGGGACUUAAUUCAGAUCAACUUGGGAUGCUGGCAGAAAAACUUACAGGUCAAGUAACUUACACUGAUUACCAAGUUUCCUGGUCUAAGUUCUGUAAGGUGAUUUAUCACUUUUUUCAGGGAAAAAAGCACAGCAACACUGGAAAGAAUUAUAUAGCUUUAUUAACAGUUAUGCUUUUCUUCACAGGGGAAGCAUGUUUUCAUUCUGUGGAGCCGUACAAUAAGGGUAGUUUAACCGCACUGCCAUUUGCUGACAUAUUGCGAGAUUACAAAGUGAUUAUGGCGGACAAUGUGCCUGAAAAUCCACUGAAAUACCUUUAUCCAGAGAUUCCAAAAGACAAAGCUUUUGGGAAGCACUACAGUUCUCGGACAAGUGAAGUGCCAAGGCCUGCUGAAGGAGGAACCAAUGCUUAUGUCCCCUCUGUAUUUAUUCCAGUCUCCAAAAUUCUGAAUGACUCCACAGAUCCACCUUCUCCAGCAGAACUUCUCCCCAUGUCUCCAAGCGUCUAUGCUGUCCUGAGAGAACAUUUAAGUCCUACUGUCAUGGAAACUGCCAUGAAUUCUCCAUAUUCGGCUGACUGACACUCGGAUAGAGAAGAUAAUAAAUACAUCCUGUAAAUACAUUUUUAAAAAGGA